AUGGCGUCAACAGUCCAGCCAGCGGAACAAGGAAAUGAGCAUAACUUUGGACACUACCCGAAAUGGAGAGCGAAAAAGAAAGCAAAAUCACGGCGAAAGUUACAUCCGACCCUCGUACUAAUACAUCGGCUUUUGGAACAGGAGAAAGUACUAAAGGAUAGAUCUCGUCCGCUGCGUACUUAUGACGAGAUACACGAGGCCAUUGAGAGGCGCAUUCAGACUCGUGACCUCUCUGACGCCGUCACGAUAUCAAGGAAACAGCUACAAGGGACGGAUAGUCAGGAGGACGACGGCCAGGCCAGAAGUCAGGUCUCUGAGGACGAAUCCUCAGAGGAGGAGGAUGAAGAGGUGAAACGCAUGGAUUUUACGGAAUCUAUUCUAUUGAAUGCCAAGGAUAGCACGAAAUCGGCUUCUUACUGGCAAGCUCUCAAAGUGUUUCGCUACUUUUUGGCAACCAAUCGUCAGGGCACUCUCAUCUCACUCAUAGCUCUCCGUGCGCUCAACUUUCGCACCGCGGGUGUGGUGCAGGCCUUUGAGAAGGCCGAGGGAACUACUCUCUUACUAAAUCUCCUCUCAGUGGAGGACCCACCGGUUCAGAUAGGUGCGAUGCGUGUCCUCCUCAAACUCUCAACCAUAGCCUACUUCGCUCGGCUCAUUGUCCACCUGGGUGGUAUCGAGGCUCUGCUGGAAAAUUUACAUCAACCGAAUGAACAGAUAAAACGAGCCGCCGCCAGAAUCCUCACCAAGCUCUGUAUCCUCAAGAAGGCUCGUAAAAAGCUCUGUGCCCAGGAUGGAGUCCCAUUGUUUGUCUGCAUGCUGGACGAGUACACACAAAAGCUUCAGGAAAUUCACAGCGCGGGAAGCCGUGAAAUGCGUUUCCUAACCGCGACCAACAGGCGAAACUCCGUUUCCCUGGGCACAUCCCUGAAGACUCUUGAACGCAGAAUCGAACAAAAAAGGCGACCCAUUGACAGCCUACUGGUAACAAUAUGCAGUGCCCUAGGGGCCUGCUCCAAGAGUCCCGAGGGCCGUCGGGCUAUGCGCGAGACCGGAAUGGUUUCCAUCCUUGGCAGAUUAGUCCCCCUGGCUCACUCGGAGGUGCUGGAGUGUAUCAUGGGCAUCCUGGAAUUGUGCUGUCAGGAGAAGUACUUCCGAGUCUCCGUCUGGACUGAAGGUAUGGUACCCAAACUGGUUGACUGUCUCAAGGCCUCCACACUCAAUGUAAAAAUACGCUGCUCUCUGACUCUCGCUAGGUGCUGCAGCGAGCCUUGCGUACGUGACGGUCUACGGAAACUGAAGAGCCUAGAGAUGAUGAACAGGUUUCUGACCUGGGAACUCACCAACUCUGACGGCGCAAUGGAGAGUCUGCGAAGGGUCGCUAAUGUUCGAGGUGGGAUGCAAGAGGAUGAGAACUUUAUUAACGCCCUUCUGUUGCGUUACUCUGUCAGACAGGCGGCAAAGCCUGUCAGGAGGGAGGAUCAACAACAACAGCAACCGCACGGUGUCAAGCUGAACCUGCUGGCCAGUCAGGCAGCGUCAGGCAAGGAGGAACGCAAAAAGCGCGCCAAGGAGGCCAUGGCCUCUACAGACCACGAGACAUUCCUCUCGGGCUUAACACGCCUCCUCUACAAGGUGUGUCUUUCCCCUGAAAAUGCAAUCCAUCUCUAUCGUCUGGGCUCAGUACAGCACAUGAUCCGCCUCAUCACCGAACUGCCCCGUCUUUUUGGCCCCUUUCGAAGACCUGUUUGUUCGGCCUCGGAGAAGUUGAAUGGUUUUGACAGGGCGGAGAAGAUUGUCAAGCACGCACUCUGCGCUCUUGCUCUCAUGGCUGAUCUGCCGGAGAUUAGGAACGCUAUCGCAACCAUGUCGGAUGGCAUACGACCCUGGUUGGUGCUUCUGCGACUCGCAAUCGAUGAUCUCAUGCCAGCCACCUGCGCCUCCAUUCGCGUCCUUCUGAUGAAUGCCUCGAUUAGGAACGCCUUUAUCGAGCACGGCGGUGUUCGAAUGCUGUUCGCUUACGUGACCAAUGGACAGAGGGAUGCAAAGUUGGAGGCCUUGCGCACUAUACACACCUGCCUGGAGAACAUCCAGAACACGGGCCGUGUGCUGAAGCCUCUCACCUCCUCCAUGGACACCAUUGUGAGUUUCAUUCGCAGCCUCAAGACUGACGAGGAGAUACAGCGUGCUGCUCUGGAGACCAUUGCCCAGAUGGCUCGUGACCGGAACACCCUUGCCAUUAUGACCGAUUUGGGUGUGACUCAGGAGAUCUCUCGUUUGUUAUCUGUGGCGACUGAUGACGAGAUGUGUAUCAGCAUCUGUCACGCCCUGGCCGCAUGCUCCUACUAUGGCAAGAACGCCUUCUACUUUGGUGAUACCAACUGUAUUCCCGUGCUUGCUGCCCUAAUGAAGUCUCGUAACGAAGCGCUGCGAAGUGCGGCCGUGAAGGCAAUCCACGGGCUCAGUUUCGAUCCGGAAAAUGCGGCGCAGAUUUGGGGUGCGAAUAUAUGCAAACUACUGACCUCCCUGGCGGCUGGAAACGAAGAGAGUACACAGAAGGCGGCCACGGGCACCCUCACCAACAUACGACACCUCGAGUUCAUUGCAACAUAUCAGUUCAAUUGA